AUGGUCUUCGUUGGAGUGCUUCCUGGAGUAGAAUAUGAUGUAGAAAGAGCCGGUGGAGUUUCGCCAGAACUAGGUGUUGAAGCUACACUACUGGUCUUUUAUGAUAAACUUAGCGGCGUAGCUACACGGUGGGUGCUAACUUGUUGCUACAACAAAUGUAAGACCAAGGAUAGUGAAAUUGUCAAGAAGAUCGAUGAGAGGCUCAAGGUUUCGGUUUUCGACCUCAACAAGUUACCAAGGAUUCUUACGAGUGAAACUGAUGUGAUGGCUACAUUCAUAAAGAUUGUUGGGUCUUUGAAAGAAACUCUUCAAAAGAUAUUAAUCCAAGGUGAAAUUGAUGAGUAUGAGAAUGACAAACAAAUGCACUGUGAUACUCGGUUGGUAGAAAUGUUAGACAAGUUAUCAAAAGACCUCCAAGCAAGUGUUAAGUUUUCUGAAAGUUAUCUUAUUGAGGAACUUCAGUUUUUAGAGGAAGUUAAGGGGAUUCGGUUGCCUCAUUUCAUUCCUCACUCGCUGUUUCUCAGAUUGCUUAAGAAAAAAGUUAAUAGUGUUUCAGAGUUGCCUAUUAACUUUGUAAACGAUGUGUGGGGUUAUCUUGAAACCGUUUGUGCUAAAGUAUUGAUUGAUCAAUGUGGGAAUUACCCCAAAUUGCUUCCAUCCAUAAAGAAAGCAACUGAACAUGUGGUGUCAAAAAUGAAGGCUAAGUUUGUGGAAAGGGUUGUUGAAAUGAUAGAGAUGGAAAAGAUUACAGAUUACACAUGUGACCCAGGCUUUAUUAUUUCUUACAACAAGCCAAUGAACUACCAUGCUCAGUUUUCGAACUUAUUAACCUCAUACAUGAGUAAUUCGAUAAAUGUGGAAGGUUAUGGGAGUAUUAACAUUGGGCAUCUACGUGAAGUUCCGGAAAACACAAGGAAUCAAGCUUUUGAUCUCAAAAUAAUGAUGACAUCGUAUUGGAAAAUUGUUUUGAAACGUAUGGUGGAUUGUCUAGCGCUUCAAUUGCGCUUUUUUAUUCAAAAGGUGGUGAACAAGGAGAUGGAGAUACAGAUAGUAAGCGAGGUGAUGGGUGGUGGUGGUAUAGAGAAGAUGUUGAACGAACCACCGUCUACGUCUAAGAAGAGGGAGCGCCUUCAUAACAACAUUGCCUUGCUCCAAGAAUCAAAGGAAACAAUGGAACAAGUCAUGGAUGGUGUUGUGGUUUCAUCUGAUUAA